CACAAUGGAGACUCUGUCCCAGGACAUUCUGCUGGAAUGUCAGAUUUGUUUCAACUACUACAGUCCGCGACGGAGGCCCAAAUUGCUGGACUGUAAACACACCUGCUGCUCAGUUUGCCUUCAGCAGAUGAGGACCAGCCAGAAAGACCUGAGGUGUCCUUGGUGCCGCGGGGUCACUAAGCUGCCCCCCGGAUUUUCUGUCUCGCAGCUGCCAGACGACCCAGAGGUCAUUGCUGUGAUUGCGAUUCCCCACACUUCAGAGCACACUCCUGUCUUCAUCAAACUUCCUAGCAAUGGGUGCUACAUGUUGCCAUUGCCCAUCUCCAAGGAGCGGUCCCUGUUGCCAGGGGACAUUGGCUGCCGCCUCUUACCAGGCGCUCAGCAGAAGUCUGUCACCGUGGUGACGAUCCCAGCCGAGCAGCAGCCGUUGCAGGCUGCGAUCCCACAGGACACAGGAGACGAGGAGCAGGACAGGCGGGGCAUGGUGAAAAGCUCCACCUGGUCGGGGGUCUGCACGGUCAUCCUGGUGGCCUGCGUCCUGGUCUUUCUCCUGGGCAUCGUCCUCCACAACAUGUCGUGCAUCUCCAAGCGUUUCACUGUGAUCUCCUGCGGCUGAAGGGGGGGCUGCAGUGGCAACACUCCUGUGGGCUAAUUUUCGGGGUUUGGGAAGGGUGGUU